UCUUCCCUCUAUUUUCGCUACAAUACUCAACUAGGGCCGCCUUAUCAUAUCAUUGUAGAUACAAACUUUAUUAACUUUUCCAUAAAAAAUAAGCUCGACAUUAUGCAGUCUAUGAUGGGCUGCUUAUAUGCUAAGUGUACUCCUUGUAUAACUGACUGUGUUAUGGGAGAAUUGGAAAAAUUAGGACCCAAGUAUAGGGUUGCCCUAAGAAUUGCGAAAGAUCCACGAUUCGAGCGUUUACCUUGUAUGCACAAGGGUACUUACGCUGACGAUUGUAUUGUCGAAAGAGUCAGCAGUCAAAAGUGUUACAUUGUAGCUACCUGCGAUAGAGAUUUAAAAAGGCGAAUCAGAAAAAUACCUGGAGUCCCGAUCAUGUAUAUUUCUCAGCAUAAGUAUACAAUAGAGCAAAUGCCAGAUGCGUUUGGAGGUAAAAGCAAUGAAACUUUAUCUAUUUACUGUUAUGCUUAUUGA